AUGCUGGAGCAGCUGUCGGCCCAGGUGUCUGAGCUGGUCACCCUGGAGCAGGGGGACUUCGGGGACCAACUGGCCCUGGAGGUCCACACGGCCAAAGACUUUAUCUUCAACAUGCUGGGUAAGGCUCAUAGUAACAGAGAAUGUGUUGUGACACACCCAGGUUAACAUUAUGAAAACAUUAGAUGGUAAAAUAUUGCUCAUACCGGUUUAUUAAUGUGAUACAGGUAUGGUAAACAUUUAUGACUCACAUUUCUUUGAUGUAUUGUGUGUUUGGUGAACACUUGUAAGUUAUGACUGUAGUGUAUAGCAGUGGAGGCUGCAGAGGAGAGGACAGCUCAUAAUAAUGGCCGGAAUGGAGUGAAUGGAAUGGUAUCAAACGCAUUAUGUUUUGAUACCAUUCACUCCAUUCCAGCCAUUGCACUCCAUUUCAGCCAUUAUUAUGAGCCAUCCUCCCCUCAGCAGCCUCCACUGGUGUAUAGCCUUGAAGGACAGAUAGAAGAAAGAUGUUGGCUGUGUUUAUUUUGUGUGUCAUAGUCCUGAUAUACGGUACUUUUCAGCCAGGUGAAGUGAGAUUCUUUGUCCAAUAGGUGGCACUCUUCCCUCUCCGCUCCUCAAGCUCUGCCACUGCCCGCUCCUAAGCUCUUUCCUUUUCUCUCCUCUCUCCCUGCCUGUCCCAAUGCAACUGGAACCAAGCCUCUUUGGCCUGUAUCCCUCCCUGUGUUUUCUAUCUCUCGACCCGCACGUCCCUCACUUCGCUCUCUCUCUUCCUUUCCUUCUUUCCUCUCUCUCUGUCUCUCUCUCACUCGUGGCCUGUUUGUGGAUCAUGUGCAGCUUGAGAGGGAAGCACAAUGCAAACAGUCUAACUGGCUCUAAGUCCUCUCUCCCCGUUCAUCCCCCUGUAACAAUAGCUGUGAAUAGGAGCCACUAUUGGCAUGGGGGUAUUGUUUGCCCAAAAAUAUCAUAGCAGCCGCUUCUGCUAAUCCAGUCAGAUAUUGGAUUAGCUGACAGCCAACCCUCCUCCUGUAUCUCUCUGUAUCUUCUGCUAAUCCAGUCAGAUAUUGGAUUAGCUGACAGCCAACCCUCCUCCUGUAUCUCUCUGCUUCUCCUACUUUGGUUCUGUGCUAGCUAGUCUAGCAUCCUCUUUUCCCUCUUUCUCUCUCUCGCUCUCGCGCUCUCUCUCUCGCACUCUCUCUCUAUUUCUGUCUCUCUUCUUUCUCUCUCUCUUUCUUGGUCUCUCUCUCUUCCCCCUCUCGCUCUCAUUCUCUCCCCUCUCUCUCACUCACAAACACUUAACCCUUUACCCCAAUUUAGUGACUCCCCUGCCCUCACUGUGUACCCACCUCUUUUCCUACCACUUCUCCACUUUCUUUCUGAACUCAUGUGUCCUCACACCACCUCAUUCUCGCUUUGUUUCCUGGCUCCUUUGUUUUUUUAUCCCUCCCACUCGCUGUCUCCAUUGACAGUCAGACUGACAGCUGAAAGCUUCUCUGAAAUGCUUUUCGCAGUGGGAUUUUUCCUACAGUAUAUCUCCCUGUAUAGCAGCCAAAAGAUAGGAUCUAUUUCUCCCAUCACCCGACCUCCCCCCCCUCUCUUUUACACUCUCUCUUUGUCUCUCUCUCCCUCUGCUGUUUCAUUUCCAACUCUCUGCAAGAGAACAGAGUUAAUGUGAGUGUAGGAUUUAUGAUUGUGUAAAUGCACUGUGUUCAUUAGCUAGUACCACUGAUUUUUUUUUUUGAAGGACCUUGAAGAGGAGGGAGCCCAGGCAGUUAAAAGGGAAUAUCUGCCCAGCUACUAGGAAUGUUAAAAUGGGCCCUUUAUAUGGAACACUUGGAGUGUGUGUGUGUCAUGUCUGUGUGUGUAUUAGUGUUGUCACGAUACCAGAUUUCUGACAUUGAUACCAGGUUUAGGAUCAUAAUACUCGAUACCAAAACAAUACCCCCAUUCCGAAACAAUACCAUGGCAAAAAAAGACGCGUAUUAACUAAAGCCACAGAAUAACCACUGGGCUUUAUAGAUUGUUUACAGUGAACAAUGUUGAUAACUGGUAGAAUAAAUAGAAUAUCUUCUUUUCUAUAUUCAAUUUCUUCCAAAAAGUAAAACACCAUAUUAAAUAACAGAAGAAAACUUUACAUUUCCCUUAUGCAAAACCAUAUCUGUUUUAAAAAGUAAUUUGAUACUUAUCAGGGUUAAUUUGCUCAACUAUGGCCAUAAUAUUGGGUCAAUAACAUUCGUUAGACCUGCAAUACAUUUUUCAUUACAGCUAAAUAAUUGAAUGUAUUAAACGAAUAGUUUAGUUCCAAAACGACAUAAAAAUCAAUUUGACACUCAUUUCUGAAACUUUUACAUUGCAAUAGUCUAGACGCCAUAGAAAUACAAUACAAUUUACACAGCAUACUACGAGUCCCAGAGUGCAUUUCACUUCCCAGGGUGCAAUGCUCCGCCCAAGGCUGCUGGCUGGCUACUGGCUACUGCUAGUAAGCCUAGAGAAACUCUAAGUAGUCAAAAUAUAUUGCUGUCAAGUAAUGAGUGCAUUUCACAUUACUUCUGGGUUGUGUAAUCACGUUAUAAUGCUCAAAUGAAUGUCAUGCUGAAUAUAUGUUCAUGUCAUUGUGACUCAAAUAAUAAAAAUUUAGUAGAAUAACAAUAACGUUACAAUGCAAAUGUUGUAUAAAAUAGUUUGUUGUAUGUCAUUUUGCUUGGAACUAAACCUUCCAUUGCACUGCUUUGUAACAGCCAGUUUUGUCAACAAGCUUCAGGCAAAGAGGUAUGAUGUUUUCGUUUGAAGAACCAUGCUGUCGACAUUUUCUCUCGCUUGCGUGCUUCUCAAAAGUGUUUUGCGCUGUGUCAGCUGCAUGCGCAAGCGCAGCCUGGCUAGCUACUGCCGAACCGAUUUUCAUGUUCUAGUAUUGAAAAAGUACAGAGGUUUUGGUAUACCGUGCAACACUAGUGUGUGUGUGCAUAUAAUGUGUUUGACUUCCUUUCUAGUUGGGUCUUUUUUUUAAAGGUUUCUCUAGCCUAGUUUAAGCAGCAGGUGGCUCCCCACUGGCCAUUCAGAGCUGACAGAGAUAUUGCACCACACAGGGAAGCAGCUGCACAGAUACAAGAAAGGAAGGAAAGGAAGGAAAAACAACUUUAUUUACCCAGUAGCUCCUCAGUAAACCGUUUUAGGCUAGCCUAUAGCAUGCCUUUGGAAACACAUGCCUCUAGUAUUCCCACAGGACUAUAUGGGUUGGUGGGAAUGCUGAAAUGUAGAAUAAUGACUAACAUACAGUGCAUUCUGAAAGUAUUCAGACCCCUUCCCCUUUUCCACAUUUUGUUACGUUACAGCCUUAUUCUGAAAUGGAUUAAAUAUAUUAUCAAUCUACACACAAUACCCCAUAAUGACGAAGCAAAAACCGGUUAUUAUAUAUUUUUGCACAUUUAUAAAAAAAACUAAUCUUAUUUACAUAAGUAUUCAGACCCUUUGCUAUGAGACUCGAAAUUGAGCUCAGGUGCAUCCUGUUUUCAUUGAUCAUCCUUGAGAUGUUUCUACAACUUGGAGUCCACCUGUGAUAAAUUCAAUUGAUUGGACAUGGUUUGGAAAGGCACACAUCUGCCCACAGUUGACAGUGCAUGUCAGAGCAAAAACUAAACCAUGAGUUCGAGGGAAUUGUCCAUACAGUGAGGGAAAAAAGUAUUUGAUCCCCUGCUGAUUUUGUACGUUUGCCCACUGACAAAAACAUGAUCAGUCUAUAAUUUGUAUGGUAGGUUUAUUUGAACAGUGGGAGACAGAAUAACAACAAAAUAAUCCAGAAAAACACAUGUCAAAAAUGUUAUAAAUUGGUUUGCAUUUUAAUGAGGGAAUAAGUAUUUUAUCCCUCUGCAAAACAUGACUUAGUACUUGGUGGCAAAACCCUUGUUGGCAAUCACAGAGGUCAGACGUUUCUUGUAGUUGGCCACCAGGUUUGCACACAUCUCAGGAGGGAUUUUGUCCCACUCCUCUUUGCAGAUCUUCUCCAAGUCAUUAAGGUUUCGAGCCUGACAUUUGGCAACUCAAACCUUCAUCUCCCUCCACAGAUUUUCUAUGGGAUUAAGGUCUGGAGACUGGCUAGGCCACUCCAGGACCUUAAUGUGCUUCUUCUUGAGCCACUCCUUUGUUGCCUUGGCCGUGUGUUUUGGGUCAUUGUCAUGCUGGAAUACCCAUCCACGACCCAUUUUCAAUGCCCUGGCUGAGGGAAGGAGGUUCUCACCCAAGAUUUGACGGUACAUGGCCCCGUCCAUAGUCCCUUUGAUGCGGUGAAAUUGUCCUCUCCCCUUAGCAGAAAAACACCCCCAAAGCAUAAUGUUUCCACCUCCAUGUUUGAUGGUGGAGAUGGUGUUCUUGGGGUCAUAGGCAGCAUUCCUCCUCCUCCAAACACGGCGAGUUGAGUUGAUGCCAAAGAGCUCGAUUUUGGUCUCAUCUGACCACAACACUUUCACCCAGUUCUCCUCUGAAUCAUUCAGAUGUUCAUUGGCAAACUUCAGACGGGCCUGUAUAUGUGCUUUCUUGAGCAGGGGGACCUUGCGGGCGCUGCAGGAUUUCAGUCCUUCACGGCGUAGUGUGUUACCAAUUGUUUUCUUGGUGACAAUGGUCCCAGCUGCCUUGAGAUCAUUGACAAGAUCCUCCCGUGUAGUUCUGGGCUGAUUCCUCACCGUUCUCAUGAUCAUUGCAACUCCACGAGGUGAGAUCUUGCAUGGAGCCCCAGGCCGAGGGAGAUUGACAGUUAUUUUGUGUUUCUUCCAUUUGCAAAUAAUCGCACCAACUGUUGUCACCUUCUCACCAAGCUGCUUGACAAUGGUCUUGUAGCCCAUUCCAGCCUUGUGUAGGUCUACAAUCUUGUCCCUGACAUCCUUGGAGAGCUCUUUGGUCUUUGCCAUGGUGGAGAGUUUGGAAUCUGAUUGAUUGAUUGCUUCUGUGGACAGGUGUCUUUUAUACAGGUAAGAAACUGAUUAGGAGCACUCCCUUUAAGAGUGUGCUCCUAAUCUCAGCUCGUUACCUGUAUAAAAGACACCUGGGAGCCAGAAAUCUUUCUGAUUGAGAGGGGGUCAAAUACUUAUUUCCCUCAUUAAAAUACAAAUCAUUGUUCAAAUAAACCUACCAUAAAGUUUAUAGACUGAUCAUUGCUUUGUCAGUGGGCAAACGUACAAAAUCAGCAGGGGAUCAAAUACUUUUUUCCCUCACUGUAGAGCUCAGACUGGAUUGUGUCGAGGCACAGAUCUGGGGAAGGGUAUCAAAACAUUUCUGCAGAAUUGAAGGUCCCCCAGAACACAGUGGCCUCCAUUCUUAAAUGGAAGAAGUUUGGAACCACAAAGCCAGAGGCUGGAAAAGACCUGAAAAUAGCUGUGCAGCAACGUCCAACCUGACAGAGCUUGAGAGGAUCUGCAGAGAAGAAUGUGAGAAACUCCCCAAAUACAGGUGUGCCAAGCAUGUAGCGUCAUACCCACGAAGACAUGAGGCUGUAAUCGGUGCAAAAGGAGCUUCAACAAAGUACUGAUUAAAGGGUCUCAAUACUUAUGUAAAUGUGAUAUUUCCGUUUUUUUAAAUAUUUUUAAAUAAUUUCUAAAAACCUGUUUUUGCUUUGUCAUUAUGGGGUAUUGUGUGUAGAUUGAUGAGGGGGAAAAGCUAUUUAAUCAAUUUUAGAAUAAGGCCGUAACGUAACAAAGUGGAAAAAUUCAAGGGGUCUGAACACUUUCCGAAUGCACUGUACCAAGUGAUUGUUCUUAUUUACAGUAAGGAGUGAGAUAUCUUCUUGUAAGGUUAAAGUCUGUCAGAUAAAAUGCUACAAGUCUUUGCUGAACCAGUAAACAACAACUUGAUUCUAGUGCUUUCUGCUCUGUUUACGCCGUGAGUAAUCCUUCAUGUUUCAUUUUUCACUUCCAUUCAAAGACAGAAAAAUAGACUGAUAUGUCUGUUAUCGCCAUGGGUUCUCUCUCCAUCUGCAGCCUCACGUCUUAGGCUAGUUUUUGCAGACACACCCUUUUUAAAAUGUGCCUUUGAACACCAGACUACUGGUGAACCCCUUCCCCACAGAUCUCAUUAGAAAAGUAUUUGUUUUAUACCGCUUUAUAGUAGUUUUAAUUCAAACACAAAGACGUCUAGAGAGGAGAGCGGGGAGAAAAAGGAGGGGAGCUUCAUUUCAGAUUCGGCCGACUCACCGAGGCACAAAAACAAAAGAAUGAGGCGCAAGUCAGGCAUUGUCUCGAACAAGUCCAGGCGCGCAAAGUCAAGAGUUCGCCUAGAGUUGAGAGACGGAAAGACGAAGCAAAACAACCCAAACAAGCUGUUGUUUUGUCUCUUCCCGCUGUGCUUGUUUAUUGUUGUCUGUGUGUUGGCUUGCCCCUCCAACAGUGGGGUCACCCCCUGCAUGCAACAACCAAUCAGAGAAAAGCGUAUUCGGAAGGGGACUCUUUUGGACAGAUGGGGCCACAUGUUGGGGGUUCCGAAGGCAUGAAGAUAUCUCAAUGGAAACCUCACCGACACUGUCCUAUAGGGUCAGAAUCCCGCCACUUACUAGACUAUUAUCUUAUUCAAAAGUGACAGAUUUGCAAAACAUUUCGGUUUUCAAGGUCAUGGCCUAUUUUAAGGUCAUAUUGAAUAUAUAUACAGUACCAGUCAAAAGUUUGGAUACACCUACUCAUUCAAGGGUUUUUCUUUAUUUUUACUAUUUUUUAUAUUUUAGUCAUUUAGCAGACACUCUUAUCCAGAGCGACUUACAGUUAGUGAGUGCAUACAUUUUCAUACUGGCCCCCCGUGGGAAUUGAACCCACAACCCUGGCGUUGCAAACGCCAUGCUCUACCAACUGAGCUUGCGCGUGCAAGAACUGCCUGGAGAGGAGGGUCAGGUUAAAGGUGUUUAUCCUCUCACUAGAGAACGCAGCUUGAGGUCCCAACACACUGAAGGCCCCCAUAAUCUCCAGGUGUUGGAACCUCCGGUCUAGGCUGUCCUGGAGGCCGACAAUUCUACAUUAUAGAAUAAUAGUGAAGACAUCAAAACUAUGAAAUAACACAUAUGGAAUCAUGUAGUAACCAAAAAAGUGUUAAACAAAUCAAAAUAUUUUUUAUAUUUGAGAUUCUUCAAAUAGCCACUGUUUGCCUUGACAGCUUUGCAUACUCUUGGCAUUCUCUCAACCAGCUUCACCUGAAAUGCUUUUCCAACAGUCUUGAAGGACUUCCCACAUAUGCUGAGCACUUGUUGGAUGCUUUUCCUUCACUCUGUGGUCUGACUCAUCCCAAACCAUCUCAAUUGGGUUGAGGUUGGGGGAUUGUGGAUGCCAGGUCAUCUGAUGCAGCACUCCAUCACUCUCCUUCUUGGUAAAAUAGACCUUACACAGCCUGGAGGUGUGUUGGGUCAUUGUCCUGUUGAAAAACAAAUGAUAGUCCCACUAAGCCCAAACCAGAUGGUAUGGUGUAUCGCUGCAGAAUGCUGUGGUAGCCAUGCUGGUUAAGUGUACCUUGAAUUCUAAAUAAAUCACAGACAGUGUCACCAGCAAAGCACCCCCACACCAGAACACCACCUCCUCCAUGGUUUACGGUGGGAAAAAAACACAUGCGGAGAUCAUCCGUUCACCCACACCGCGUCUCACAAAGACACGGCGGUUGGAACCAAAAAAUCUCAAAUUUGGACUCCAGACCAAAUGACAAAUUUCCACCGGUCUAAUGUCCGUUGCUCGUGUUUCUUGGCCCAAGCAGGUCUCUUCGUAUUAUUGGUGUCCUUUAGUAGUGGUUUCUUUGCUGCAAUUCGACCAUGAAGGCCUGAUUCACACAGUCUCCUCUGAACAGUUGAUGUUGAGAUGUGUCUGUUACUUGAACGCUGUGAAGCAUUUAUUUGGGCUGCAAUUUCUGAGGCUGGUAACUCUAAUGAACUUAUCCUCUGCAGCAGAGGUAACUCUGGGUCUUCCAUUCCUGUGGCGGUCCUCAUGAGAGACAGUUUCAUCAUAGCGCUUAAUGGUUUUUGCGACUGCACUUGAAGAAACUUUCAAAGUUUUUAAAAUGUUCUGUAUUGACUGACCAUCAUGUCUUAAAAUUAAUGAUGGACUCCUUAUUUGAGCUGUUUUUGCCAUAAUAUGGACUUGGUCUUUUACCAAAUAGGGCUAUCUUCUGUAUACCCCCCUACUUUGUCACAAAACAACUGACUGGCUCAAACGCAUUUAGGAGGAAAUAAAUUCCACAAAUUAACUUUUUAAGAAGGCACACCUAUUAUUUGAAAUGCAUUCCAGGUGACUACCUCAUGAGGCUGGUUGAGAGAAUGCCAAGAGUGUGCAAAGCUGUCAUCAAGGCAAAGGGUGGCUAUUUGAAGAAUCUCAAAUAUAACAUAUAUUUUGAUUUGUUUAACACUUUUUUUGGUUACUACAUGAUUCCAUAUGUGUUAUUUCAUAGUUUUGAUGUCUUAACUAUUCAUCUACAAUGUAAAAAAUAAAGAAAAACCCUUGAAUGAGUAGGUGUGUCCAAACUUUUGACUGGUAGUGUAUAUAGUGAGGGGAAAAUGUAUUUGAUCCCCUGUUGAUUUUGUACGUUUGCCCACCGACAAAGACAUGAUCAGUCUAUAAUUUUAAUGGUAGGUUUAUUUGAACAGUGAGAGAUAGAAUAACAACAAAAAAAUCCAGAAAGACGCAUGUAAAAAAUGUUAUACAUUGAUUUGCAUUUUAAUGAGGGAAAUAAGUAUUUCACCCACUCUGCAAAACAUGACUUAGUACUUGGUGGCAAAACCCUUGUUGGCAAUCACAGAGGUCAGACAUUUCUUGUAGUUGGCCACCAGGUUUGCACACAUCUCAGGAGGGAUUUUGUCCCACUCCUCUUUGCAGAUCUUCUCCAAGUCAUUAAGGUUUCGAGGCUGACGUUUGGCAACUCAAACCUUCAUCUCCCUCCACAGAUUUUCUAUGGAAUUAAGGUCUGGAGACUGGCUAGGCCACUCCAGGACCUUAAUGUGCUUCUUCUUGAGCCACUCCUUUGUUGCCUUGGCCGUGUGUUUUGGGUCAUUGUCAUGCUGGAAUACCCAUCCACGACCAAUGUUCAAUGCCCUGGCUGAGGGAAGGAGGUUCUCACCCAAGAGUUGACGGUACAUGGCGCCGUCCAUCGUCCCUUUGAUGCGGUGAAGUUGUCCUGUCCCCUUAGCAGAAAAACACCCCCAAAGCAUAAUGUUUCCACCUCCAUGUUUGACGGUGAGGAUGGUGUUCUUGGGGUCAUAGGCAGCAUUCCUCCUCCUCCAAACACGGCGAGUUGAGUUGAUGCCAAAGAGCUCGAUUUUGGUCUCAUCUGACCACAACACUUUCACCCAGUUCUCCUCUGAAUCAUUCAGAUGUUCAUUGGCAAACUUCAGACGGCCCUGUAUAUGUGCUUUCUUGAGCAGGAGGACCUUGCGGGCGCUGCAGGAUUUCAAUCCUUCACGGUGUAGUGUGUUACCAAUUAUUUUCUUGGUGACUAUGGUCCCAGCUGCCUUGAGAUCAUUGACAAGAUCCUCCCGUGUAGUUCUGGGCUCAUUCCUCACCGUUCUUAUGAUCAUUGCAACUCCACGAGGUGAGAUCUUUCAUGGAGCCCCAGGCCGAGGGAGAUUGACAGUUCUUUUGUGUUUCUUCCAUUUGCGAAUAAUCGCACCAACUGUUGUCACCUUCUCACCAAGCUGCUUGGCGAUGGUCUUGUAGCCCAUUCCAGCCUUGUGUAGGUCUACAAUUUUGUCCCUGACAUCCUUGGAGAGCUCUUUGGUCUUGGCCAUGGUGAAGAGUUUGGAAUCUGAUUGAUUGCUUCUGUGGACAGGUGUCUUUUAUACAGGUAACAAGCUGAGAUUAGGAGCACUCCCUUUAAGAGUGUGCUCCUAAUCUCAGCUCGUUAUCUGUUUUAAAAGACACCUGGGAGCCAGAAAUCUUUCUGAUUGAGAGGGGGUCAAAUACUUAUUACCCUCAUUAAAAAAAUUAUAGACUGAUAAUUUCUUUGUCAGUGUGCAAAUGUACAUAAUCAGCAGAGGAUCAAAUACUUUUUUCCCUCACUGUAUAUAUUUUUUGUACCUCACUUAGCCUUCACUUAGAUCGAGCUAGAUUAAUUACAAGUUUCUAUUUGCGUAUAUUUUUGUCAGUAAUGUCAACACAGCGACUUAAUCUGAAUAUAAAUUGACCGUUGUUUGAUUGUGAGGCUGUAGCAGCUAAGUCGUUCCGCCUGUGUUCAGUUAAUGAUCGGUUGUGUAAUGGUUGUUGACUGCUUUCAACGCUCCCAUUUGUGCUUUAUUUUAUAGGACUUGUGUCCUCAGCGUGUCACACACACACAAUUUUUGACUACGGUCCACUUUAGCUCUGGCAGCGGCGCUCUCUCCUCCUCUCUCUCAUAUAUAUUUAUAGUGCCUUCGGAAAGUAUUCAGACCCCUUGACUUUUUCCACAUUUAGUUACGUUUCAGCCUUAUUCUAAAAUGGAUUAAAUAAAUAAAAAUCCUCAGCAAUCUACACACAAUACCCCAUAUUGACAAAGCAAAAAUAGGUUUUUAGACAUUUUUGCAAAUGUAUUAAAAAUAAAAAACUGAAAUACCUUAUUUACAUAAGUAUUCAGACCCUUUGCUAUUAUACUCGAAAUUGAGCUCAGGUUCAUCCUGUUUUCAUUGAUCAUCCUUGAGAUGUUUCUACAACUUGAUUGGAGUCCACCUGUGGUAAAUUCAAUUGAUUGGACAUGAUUUGGAAAGGCACACACCUGUCUAUAUAAGGUCCACAGUUGAUUGUACAUGUCAGAGCAAAAUCCAGAAGAGAACCUUCCAGAAGGACAACCAUCUCUGCAGCAUUCCACCAAUCAGGCUUUCAUGGUAGAGUGGCCAGACGGAAGCCACUCAGUAAAAGGCACAUGACAGGCUGCUUGGAGUUUGCCAAAAGGCACCUAAAGGACUCUCAGACCAUGAGAAACAAGAUUAUCUGAUCUGAUGAAACCAAGAUUGAACUCUUUGGCCUGAAUGCCAAGUGUCACAUCUGAAGGAAACCUGGCACCAUCCCUACGGUGAAGCAUGGUGGUGGCAGCAUCAUGCUCUGCAGAUGUUUUUCAGCGGCAGGGACUGGGAGACUAAUCAAGAUCGUUCCAAAGAUGAGCGGAGCGAAGUACAGAGAGCUCCUUGAUGAAAACCUGCUCCAGAGCGCUCAGGACUUCCGACUGGGGCGAAGGUCUGAAUUUGGAUGAGGGAAAUCGCGUUAGGAGCUUUUAGGCUCCAGGCUGCAGCCUCACAGCCACCACAGUCUGACGGAUGUCCUAGUGUCUGCAGUCGGCAGUCACACCACCAGGGGGCACCACCCUCAACCCUCCCCUGGACCCCCUCCCCCACCCCACAGCUUCAUAUCCCUCUCUGAGAGCCUCCCUGAGGGGAUGGGUAUAUGGGUGUACUUCAGGUCAAAGGUGACAGCCUGGAAGGCAUCAAUGGGUCUUAGCCCUGUGUGCGUACUUGCACACGUGUGUGUGGUGUGAGUGUGUGCGCGCGUUGAAGAGGCAUGGGAUCAUGUGUUGAGAGUGACCCUUUAAGCCUGUCCGGCUCUAAUCUUGCUUGACUGGAGCACAGAAGUCCUGCCAUAGUUGAGAACACUGUAAAGGGAUUUGAUUGGGUUCAGUAUUUUUCAUAAACUCUUUGGCAAAGAGGAGAGUUUUGGUUUGGGCUGGGUGGGGAGUUUGUUUGCCAGAAGCUAGAUCGAUAGAAUGUUAUUACUAUUUGAAAGCUAUUAGUUUACACUCCCUUUUCACCCAUUUCCUUUCUGUUUCUCUCACACACUCUUUCUCACAAUCAGUUUUCUUUCCUCUCCCCCUAUUUCUCAUUCCCUCAGACUUUCCCUUCCUCCGAUUCCCCUCCUCUUCCCUUCUGUCUGAGUGAUUGCAGUUUUCCCAGUCAUUUAGGCUGUAUUCAGUAAAGACUCCCCCUAGGAGGAUAAAGCCAGGGUUGGUUGAGGACGACCAGCUAGCAUGGAGAAUAACAUAAAACCAUGCACUGCACUCACUGAGGGAGCUGUGUAGACCUCAUAUAUUUUUAUGUCAGUUUCGCUACAACUGUAUUUUAUGAAUACUUCCUGUAUGUAUGCAUUGCCUUCAGAAGAAACAGAACGGCUCAAGUAUUGUAUUUGUUUUUAGAACGUCAUAUUACACUCAUCCUCUGUGUGUGUGUGUGUGUGUGUGUGUUUUUCUCUAGGACUAGUACAGAAGGUGGACCAGCGUCUUCCAGUGGCCAAUGAGUACCUGCUCCUGUCUGGGGGUGCCAGGGAGGGGGUCCUGGACCUCAACCCAGAGGAGCUGGGGGACUACGCCAAGGGGGCUGACUUCGACCUGGACUUCACCCUCCUGGUGCCCGCGCUCAAACUCCACGACCGCAACCAGGUUGGUGCAAUAGGGAUGGGAUGUGAAACGUAUUACUUAACGUGUCUAUGUUAUUGAUGAGAAGUUGUGUGUUUUGUAGUGAUGUGUUGUAUCUUAUGGGAUGUUUUUACUGUAUACUUUCUGAUAUGGUGUUUGAUGCCAAACAAAUCACUAGUAUUGCCUCAGAAAAAAAGUAUAGCCUAAUAAAGUAUAAUCUCAUGUCAACCAGCCCGUCACCCUAGACAUGCGGCAGUCGGCUCCCUGCCACUCCUGGCUGUCCCUGCGUCUCUGCGACCCCAACACUCUGGCCAGGUGGAGCAUCUGCUGCCAGGAGGAGAAUGGAUUACCCCCCGAUGAUGAGGAGGAGGAGGAGGAGGAGGCGGAAAGGGGAAUGGGUCACCAAGCCUCUGGUGCCGUUCCCCCCUCUCUCCAUGUAAUGCGUUUUCUAACUUCUCUUAUUCUUUUUUUAUUGCUUUUAGUUUUAUAAAAGAUUAUAAAAUGUGUAUUGCUUUUACAUUUAUUUUAUUGUGUUGUUUUACUGUAAAGUGUGUUGAAAUGAUUUUAAAGGGAUAGUUCAGGAUUUUGGCAAUGAAGGGAUUUUAUGUACUUCCAGCGUCAGAUGAACCAUUUUUAUGUCUCUGCGUCUAGUAAGAACAAAAUGCACUUUAACUAAAGUUGGGUCAUGAUUUUAUUCCAGUCCCCCCACCAGUCUCUGGAUGGGUGCUACUUCUCUCCGGCGCUGGUGGCUGACUGGUUCUGGGGGGUGGUGGGUGAGGCGGUGGACGAGCUGAGACGUUCCCCCCAGAGAGGCAUCCCCAUCCCGGAGAGGCUGGAGCGCAACGGGCCCCUGACCACCCUCAUUCUCCAGGUAGGGAUGAGUUAGGCUAUGUCCCAAAUGGCACCCUAUUCCCUAUAUAGUGCUAAUAGUAGUGUCUAUAGAGGGAAUAGGAGGCCAUUGUUGGUGUCCGUAUCAAUUCCAGAAUUCGAUUCAUUGGCACUAGCAACCAUCUCAACUGGUCGAUUCCGGAAAAACUUGUGUUGAACAAAUGUAUUUAUUUAGCUUUUGUUUAACCAGAUAAGUCAUUCAGAACAUCUCUUUUAAAUAAUUUGAUAUUUUACAAUAACUCGUCCCUACCUCCAGGCGGGGUCCAGCCGGGUGCUCUAUGACCUGCUGCCUGUGGUGUCCUUCCGGGGCUGGCCUGCCGUGGCCCAGAGCUGGCUGACGGCCAACCACUUCUGGGACGGGAAGAUCACGGAGGAGGAGGCCAUCUCUGGGUUCUACCUGUUGCCCUGCCCAGCCCCGCUGGGGGGGAGGCCCGACCGGGAGUGGAGGCUGGCCUUCUCACGCAGCGAGGUGGGUAGCCAGUAAGCUAGUUAAGAUAGCUCUGCUUUUGAGUAGUUAGCGAGUUCAAUAGAUUGGGCCUGCUUCCUUUGUUGGCCAUAAUGGUUAGCUAGCUAAAUGUGUUAAAUUGAGACUCAGCGAUAUGACGUUGCCACAAGCAGCAGGAUGAACCGCAAAUAUUGCAGAUGAGCGUUACGCAAGACGAUGCACUCACACAGAGUAUCUGCCCAUGUGCACGGGUAGGCUUCAUGCUGCUCCAAUGUGAUAGCUGCAGGACCAAAAAAGCAGAGAAGGUUAGCCUUCUACUUCAUACUUUUAGUUGUUGCGGAAGUCUGCCCGAUACUGCUUGGCAAUUCCACAGUAACAAAAUUACAGUUUGCUGUUUGUGCCGUCAUUCUGUUACCAAACUUUGCAUCUGCACUGUUCUUCAAGUAAAUGUGUUUUUGUCAAAUGUUCAGUGGAAAUUGUUAAAAGUUGUCCAUGUGCAUAGAGGUGUAUGGUUUGUUUAACUUUGCAAUCAUUCUGUUUCUGUGGAAUUGCCCUGCUAUUUAUUUUGUGUAUUGCCAAAUCUACCUUGUAAAUGUUAGCUGAAGCUAAAGUACAUUACAUUACCAAAAGUAUGUGGACAUCUCAUUCUAAAAUCAUGGGCAUUAAUAUGGAGUUGGUCCCCUCUUUGCUGCUAUGACAGUCUCCACUCUUCUGGGAAGGCUUUCCGCUAGAUGUUGGAAUAUUGCUGCGGGGACUUGCUUCCAUUCAGCCACGAGCAUUAGUGAGGUCGGGCACUGAUUAGGCCUGGCUAGCAGUCAGGGUUCCAAUUCAUCUCAAAGGUGUUCGAUGUGGUUGAGGUCAGGGCUCUGUGCAGGCCAGUCAAGUUCUUUCACACCGAUCUCGACAAAUCAUUUCUGUAUGGAUCUCGCUUUGUGCAUGGGGGCAUUGUCAACUGCCAGGUCGCAGUUGUAAAUGAGAACUUGUUCUCAACUGGCCUACCUGGUUAAAUAAAGGUGAAAUAAAAUAAAUACAUUGUCAUGCUGAAACAGGAAAGGGCCUUCCCCAAACUGUAGCACAGAAUCAUCUAGAAUGUCAUUGUAUGCUGUAGUGUUAAGAUUUCCCUUCACUGGAACUAAGGGGCCAAGCCCGGACCAUUAUUCCUCCUCCACUAAACUUUACAGUUGGCACUAUGCAUUCGGGCAGGUAGCGUUCUCCUGACAUCCCCCAAACCCAGAUUUGUCUGUCGGACUGACAGAUGGUGAAGCGUGAUUCAUCACUACAGAGAAUUAGUUUCCACUGCUCCAGUCCAAUGGCGGCGAGCUUUACAGUACUCCAGCCGACGCUUGACAUUUCGCAUGGUGAUCUUAGGUUGCUCGGCCAUGGAAACCCAUUUCAUAAAGCUCCCGACGAACAGUUACUGUGCUGACGUUGCUUCCAGAGGGAGUUUUGAACUGUGUGAGUUUUGCAACCAAGGACAUGCUUCAGCACUCUGCGGUCCCGUUCUGUGAGCUUGUGUGGCCUACCACUUCACGGCUGAGCUGUUGUUGCUCCUAGACGUUUCCACUUCACAAUAACAGCACUGACAGUUGACCGGGGCAGCUCUAGCAGGGCAGAAAUUUGACAAACUGACUUGUUGAAAAGGUGGCAUCCUAUGACGCUGCCACGUUGGAAGUCACUGAGCUCUUCAGUAAUACCAUUCUACUGCCAAUGUUUGUCUAUGGAGAUUGCAUGGCUGUCUGUUUUGAUUUUAUACACCUGUCAGCAACGGGUGUGACUGAAAUAGCCGAAUUCAUUAAUUUGAAGGGGUGUCCACAUACUUUUGUAUAUAUAUAGUGGAAGGACAGGUUCACUGUUCACUUAAAGUUGAAGCAUUUUGAACUUUAAAUAUGAAAGUAGUAGGGUUCAUAACUGUCUUCUAAAUACAGUUGAAAAUGACUCAACUGUAACAUUUUAGCUUCAGUAUAAUUUCCAUCAGGGCUGUCUCUGGUGCAUGCAUCUUGAUGCUGUAUGUCUUGCUGGUGACAUCCAAUUUCCCCUUGUUGGUUUAUUCAAUUCAAUCUGAAAUACUGGCUGCCAUAUCAUUGUCUAUCUCCAGGUUCAGCUGAAGAAGUGCAUCCCGUUCCCCAUGGCCCAGGCCUUCCAGGCAGCCAAGGCUGUCCUCUCCCGCCUCCUGGCUCGCCCCCGCACUGGCCUCAGCCCUUACCACCUCCGCACCCUCCUCUUCUGGGCCUGUGACCGCUUGCCCCCCUCCUACCUGUCCUCGCCCGACUCCGACACCCCCGCCCGCCUCCUCCUGGGCCUCCUGGAUGACCUGGCCCACUGCAUCUUGGGUAAGAACUGUCCCAACUACUUCUUGCCCCAGUGCAACAUGUUGGAGCACCUGUCGGACAGCCAAGCCCUGCUGGUGGCCCGGAAGCUGGCCCACGUCCGAUCAGACCCCACCGAGCACCUCCGGGCGGCCCUGGACCAGGCACGGCAGGCAGGCCAGCUCAAGAGGGAGGCAGCGGGCGCCACCAAUGGGCAUGGAGGGUCACCUGGCCACGGUUACCCGGCCAGCGGCAUCAUCUCGCCCUCGGACGACAAGCUGGCCGCCAGGCUGCAGCAGCUGGUGACAGAAAACCCUGGGAAGUCGAUUUCUGUGUUUCUCAACCCUGAUGAUGUCACGAGGCCCCACUUCCGCAUCGAUGACAAAUUCUACUGA